AUGCCUACGGAAUUCAUCAGUGUUACUUUCCCCAACGCCUCUACGGAGAUCAACCCGAUCCCCGGCGCUGGUGUUGACCCCGAGUUUCUGGUUCGUUACGCCAGAUCACUAGAUGACUACGGCUACAACUAUACCCUGGUUCCCUAUGGCUCCGACUCAUUCGACCCUUUCACCAUCGGUGCGACAAUUGCUGCGGUGACCAAGAAUGUCAAUGUUAUCAUCGCUCUUAGGCCAAACACUCUGUACCCUACAGUCGCCGCCAAGGCACUGGCCACACUAGACCAGCUUAGCAAGGGCCGUGUCGUUGUGCACUUUAUCGCUGGCGGUAGCGAUGCUGAGCAAGCGAAGGAGGGUGACUUCCUCUCUAAGGACGAGCGUUAUGGCCGUCUGGAGGACUACAUCAAGAUCCUCCGACGUGCUUGGGAGUCUGCGGAGCCCUUCGACUGGGAGAGCAAGUACUACACCUUUAAGAACUUUAGCAACAAAGUUCGUCCGACCAAAGGCACCAUCCCUGUAUCCGUUGGCGGUUCAUCAGACGAAGCUUACCGCAUCGGCGGCUCACUUGCCGACAUUUUUGGUCUUUGGGGCGAACCCCUCAAGGAGACAAAAGAACAGAUCGACCGUAUUUACGGCGAAGCUGAGAAGGCCGGCCGCAAGGACCGUCCCCGUAUCUGGGUUACUUUCCGUCCUAUUGUUGCCGAGACGGAUGACCUGGCAUGGGCCAAGGCACACCGCACAUUGGACGCCCUCAAGGGCAACAUCGCGGCUGGGCAGGGCAAAAACGGACAGGAUGCCAGCGCCGGACAGCCUCAAAACGUAGGCUCUCAGCGUUUGCUUGAUAUUGCCAAGCGUGGUGAAGUUCAGGACCGUGCUCUUUGGUAUCCUACUGUCACAGCUACCAACGCGCGGGGUGCUUCAACGGCGCUUGUUGGCUCUCCCCAGGUUGUCACAGACUCUAUUCUUGACUAUGUUGACCUUGGGGCCGAACUAAUUUCUAUUCGUGGCUACGACAACCUCAAUGACGCCAUUGACUAUGGCCGCUACAUCCUACCUAAGGUGCGAGAGGAGCUAAAGAAGCGUGAGAACGGCUCAAAUGGAGCUUAG